AUGAAUCAAUUUCUGCAGGACAAUUGGGAACGUUCCAGCCCUGCUAUCUGGACUCCAGGGAGAAUUGCUCGACCAGCAUUCUACGACAUUCAAGAUGAAAUGAAAAACCUCAAGCAGCAACCGAAGCCAUACGCAAAGUUGCAAGAUCUCCGUGCACAAUGGAUUCGAGGAAACGAAUCUAAUGAUGGACUGGACACUGUGGAAUAUCCUCUAUUUCGGGUUGUGCAAGCGAUCUAUACACUCUUGUCAUUGGCGUCACUUCCACUAUUGCUCUAUGUGCAAAUCAAAUACAUUUUCGGAUCCAUGUUUCAUGGAAACAUCAAAGUAAAUGGAAUGUGCGACAGUUCAUAG